UUUUUACUGUUUUUCCGACAACUGAAGGUUUUAUCAAGGAACUGACAUCAGGCAUCAAUAGUCCAGUGCUGGCGCACAGAUGUGAAGGAAAUCAAGUCAGUUACAGUCUUCCAGAAUGAGAUUAAAACUUGUCUUCGCUAUCUGUGUGGCGGUGGUGGUGCACUCAAACGCUGUUCCAACUGUGGACGAGACAUCGAAUCGAGGAGGCCUAGAACAGCCAACUGACCAACCAGUGAAGAUAAGUGAUGAGGACAUCAACAUCGCGAUAGACAGUGUCUUUGGUAUUAGGACCACCCCCACCAUACCGUCUGAUAGGAAUUAUGAUCGGGUAACAGAAAACCCUGUCGAUGAACGGGGAAACAACUUUCAGAAUGAAGUGGACGGUGAUUGUGAAUGUGUUCCUUUCUACCAAUGUGAUACUAACAGGACAAUCAUUGAGAAUGGAGAAGGAAUUAUUGAUAUUAGGAUGAAUGGACCUUGUGCGGACAAUAUACAAGUUUGCUGCAAGACGGGGAAGACGUUGGGUCCUGACAAUCCCAUCACCCGACCCCCUGACCCUUACUUUAACACAUGUGGCAGACGCAAUCUUCGAGGUGUCAGUACUCUUCGUAUCACGGGUGAUGUGGAUGGUGAAGCUCAAUUCGGAGAGUUUCCAUGGAUGGUGGCUGUUAUGAGAAAGGUUACUGUCAGUCCAAAUCGGUCAUUCAAUAUCUACCAAUGUGGAGGUUCAUUGAUCCAUCCCCAGGUUGUACUCACAGCUGCCCACUGUGUCAUAGGGAAGACUGGUUUGGGCGUGAGGCUUGGAGAAUGGGAUACUCAGCACAAGUCAGAGCCCCUUCCAGCCCAAAAUAGAGUCGUGAAGGAGGUUGUUAUACAUGAAGGAUACUACGCUAGAGGAGUGUUUAAUGAUAUCGCACUGCUAUUCCUUGACAACCCCGCUGAUAUUGCUGAAAACGUCGCAACCAUCUGCUUGCCAGAGCAAGAUGAGAACAUGGACAACCGUAACUGUGUGGCCAGCGGCUGGGGAAAAGACGUUUUUGGCAAGGAAGGAAAGAAUCAGGUAAUUCUGAAGAAGGUAGAUUUGCCGAUCGUCCGAAGAAAUCAGUGUCUUGAGUCUCUGCGCCAGACUAGACUGGGGCGACACUUCAAUCUGCAUGAAUCAUUUAUCUGUGCAGGAGGCAUUGUAGGCAAGGACACCUGCAAGGGUGAUGGAGGCAGCCCCCUAUCAUGUCCCUCCCGUGAUAACCCAGCAGUAUAUGUCCAGGCUGGUAUUGUAGCUUGGGGUAUUGGCUGUGGUACAGACACACCAGGUGUUUACGCAGAUGUUAGCCAUUUCCGCAAUUGGAUUGACAACAAACUGAGCAUAUCCGACAUAGACAUCAGAGAUAUGAAUGCUGGUUAUGGUACAUCUAGCUAAAAACUUCCAAAAUUGUAGCUGGUCCAGGCCUGGUCACCGAACAAAGUAAUAACUGGACAUCAUGUGAUCUGAGUAUACAUCACGAUUUGCACGUAUGAAUCAGUUUUAUCGUUGUAAUGUAACUAGUUGUUUCCAUUGUUAUAAAUAAAGUAUUUUUGUUAUGAA